AUGCUAGAAGAUAUUGCUAUGGAAGUUGAAGGAAAGUUAUCACCAACUAAUUCGACUGCGAGUUCAAGCUCAAACCAAUCUUUUUCACACACAGCAACUACAUUGCCAUCUUCGCCAACAGCAGCAGCAACAACAACAACAAUAUCAUCAUCACCCUCAAUUUUAGAAAGUACCCUUCAAAUACAGCAAGAACGGUCAAGGUAUCGAUUACACCCAUUAUCUUCGAGUCCACUUAGACUGCCAACGACAUCAAGGACCACGAGUACGAGAAUUACGCCAAAGCGCAAUUAUACACACGAUCAUCAAAUAGCAUACCAGCGUUAUCAAACAGAGACCGAUGGAAUAUAUGGCUCUCCACGCGGUAUGGGCGAUGGUGCUGGUGCGGGCGCCAGUGCUGGUACCAGUGCCGGUGCCAAUGGGAGAGUAAUUAAUAACCGAAAUAAGCAUCUGAAGAUUAAACAGCUUCGGGAUCAACACCGACAGGAUAUUCUUUCACUACGAAGAGAGAAAAUUGAUCAUCACCAAAGCCAACAAGAUUACAUGACGCAUCAGGAACGAGAGUUGGGAAUUGUGAUCACCGAAGAAGAAAUUGAGCGACUAUUGAACGAAGAAAAAGCACUACAGGAAGAACUUGCGAGGAAGCGAGACUGUGGAGAGGAAACGGAGGCUGAUAAAGUAGAGAUGAUGGACGAGGCUGAGAGGAGAUUAUGGGAAGAAGAAAUGGAACUUAUUGAAAUGAUUGAAGAAAUGGGAAUAGAUUGA